AUGUCUCACAGAAAGUACGAAGCACCACGUCACGGUCACUUGGGUUUCCUCCCAAGAAAGAGAGCUGCCUCCAUCAGAGGUAGAGUGAAAGCCUUCCCAAAGGACGAUAAGUCCAAGCCAGUCCACUUGACUGCUUUCUUGGGUUACAAGGCUGGUAUGACCACCAUUGUCCGUGACUUGGACCGUCCAGGUUCUAAGAUGCACAAGCGUGAGAUCGUUGAGGCUGUUUCCGUUGUCGACACUCCACCAGUUGUUGUUGUCGGUGUCGUCGGUUACGUCGAGACCCCAAGAGGUUUGAGAUCUUUGACCACUGUCUGGGCUGAGCACUUGUCUGACGAGGUCAAGAGAAGAUUCUACAAGAACUGGUACAAGUCCAAGAAGAAAGCUUUCACCAAGUACUCUGCUAAGUACGCCAGCCAAAACGCUGAACAAGUUGAGCGUGAGUUGGCCAGAAUUACCAAGUACGCUUCUGUUGUCAGAGUUUUGGUUCACACUCAAAUCAAGAAGACCCCAUUGGCUCAAAAGAAGGCUCACUUGGCUGAGAUCCAAAUCAACGGUGGUUCCAUCGCUGACAAGGUUAACUGGGCUAAGGAGAACUUUGAGAAGACCGUUGCUGUCGACUCCGUGAUUGAGCAAAACGAGAACAUUGACGUUAUUGCUGUCACCAAGGGUCACGGUUUCGAGGGUGUCACCCACAGAUGGGGUACCAAGAAGUUGCCACGUAAGACUCACAGAGGUUUGCGUAAGGUUGCUUGUAUCGGUGCUUGGCAUCCGGCCCACGUCAACUGGACUGUUGCUCGUGCUGGUCAAAACGGUUACCACUCCAGAACCUCUAUCAACCACAAGGUUUACAGAGUUGGUAAGGGUGAUGAUGAGGCCAACGGUGCCACUGAGUUCGACCGUACCAAGAAGACCAUCACUCCAUUGGGUGGUUUCGUCAGAUACGGUGAGAUCAAGAACGACUUUGUCAUCCUUAAGGGUUCUAUUCCAGGUCCAAGAAAGAGAAUUGUCACCUUGAGAAAGUCCUUGUACACUCAAACCUCCAGAAGAGCUUUGGAGGAGGUUACCUUGAAGUGGAUCGACACUGCCUCUAAGUUCGGUAAGGGUAGAUUCCAAACCAAGGCCGAGAAGGCUGCCUUCUUGGGUACUUUGAAGAAGGACAUCUAA